AUGAAAAAGAAGGAGAUGGAAGAGAAUGCUGAAGAAGAAGGAAAAAUGAAUGUUACUGGAGGAGGAUUGAGUUUGACAUUCAGGUGCUGGGCUACUAAAAAGAUAGCAGGAUCCACAAAGAAUGGGCGAGACUUGAAACCAAAGAAUCUUGGGGUGAAAAAGUUUGGUGGAGAGAGAGUGAUUCCUGGGAAUAUCAUUGUUCGCCAAAGAGGAACCCGUUUAUAUCCAGGAAACUAUGUCGGAAUGGGGAAGGAUCACACCCUCUAUGCUAUGAAGGAAGGUUGUGUCAAGUUUGAACAGCAUAAGUUGAGUGGAUGA